AGGCUUCAUUUCUUAAUUAACAGUAUCCAAUUAUCGGUAGACGUUGUCACACUAGCGUAAUGUGCAAAGACUGGAAACGAAAAUCUGACCCUCUCUUGCAAAACAGUUAUGUAAGUGGAGAACCACCGAUUCUACAAAAUUACAAACCGACGACGAAAGAAGAAGAAUUAUGAACGUCAACUUAUUAUCAGAGAAAUAUGGAAGCGGUUCUGUUCAAAUGAACUGCAGUUUACCAACUUCGAAUUUAAGACCUAAAACUUGUGUGUGUUGGAUAUUAAUUUAAAAACUAUUAUCGAGAGGAGCAUGAAGACGAGAGAGAUAGGCUCACGUAGCGCUGAUAGAUGUGAUUAAUAAAAAAGUUUGAGAGACUUUCAAAAUGAAGAGGAGUUCCAGAAGAAGAGAUUCCCUAAGAAUAAGACCGCCAUCUGACGGUACUGGGACUCCAGUGUCUUUGCAGUCAACACUCUUUAGCCACAGUUAUCAAAGUACAUCUGAAUCUGUUGUUGUCCCAGAAACUCCUAACAAUUCUUUUAACUACCCUGUGAAUGACAUUAGCAUUACUGGUGGAACUGUGCUUGAGACACCUGACACUCCAGCUCCUGAACUUAUGGACAUUUCUGAGAAUGGGGUUCCCCAGGCGCUUGACAAAGACAUCCGUAAUAAAAGCUUUGAAAACUUGAUCUUCACAUCUAACAUUGCAAAAGUACUUGACAAAGAUCUCAUGUCCACAGAUGAGGAGGAUGCCUCUAUUCUGGAUGUUACGCGUGAGCUUAACGUGCAAGGCAUGAGUGUUAUGUCAAUUCUUGAAUCUGAAGAUACCUUUGUUCAGUCCUUGCAUAGUCAGAACAGGAAAAAUAGUUCUAGAAUUAGUGUAAAUAAGCAGUGUUUGCAAUAUGUCUCGCCAUUGAAAAGGAAAAAGCGAAGGUCUCUUGCAGAAGUAAUCUUACCAUUUGAUUUGAAUGAUAAUGACAAAUUAUCAAAGAAACUUCAGAGUAUACAAGAAAUUGAAGAAAGUACAGCUAAAGUCAGACAAAGACGUCGUUCAUACACUGUUGUCAAAACCAAGAAAAGUAAAGAUAGACAGAGGCCCCUGAUCAAAAGUCGAGUGAGCCUUCAAUUUUCUGACCUUAACCUAAAGGACACAUCCGUACCAAAGAAUUAUGAUCCCCAAGUUAAUGAUACUACUCCUAAUACCAGUUCUGUACUUAAAGAAAGUGUGUCAGAAAAUGAAUGUAGUACUUUGUUUUCUGAAAACGAAAGUGAUGAUACAAGUGCCCUAACCAGUGUUAAUAAGUCUGUAAUUAAUAUUAUAAAAGGACUUCAGUCACAAAGUUCUCCAGAAGGUGCUCAUGAUGGUGACACUGUCCCUGUAAAGUCAUCAUUGCAUCUUGAAAGUACUACACCUUCAUUACCACAACAACAAAUAAACCGGAUUCCUUCACAAAUGCCAUCUAAGGAAGCCAGUUACUGUGAUGCAGGGAGAAGGAGCAGCGGUGAUGAUUAUCCCCAAACUCAACCAGCCUCAACAUUGAUUUUGGAAGAUGUUGUGGCUUAUGUAGAAGUACGUAUUAAGAGAGCUAAUCAUUCAGAUGUUAUAAAAGACCAACUGAAAGCUCUUGGUGCAGUUGUGAGGGAAAGGCUGACUUCUGAUGUGACACAUGUUAUAUUUAGAGAUGGUAGUAAGGGAACUUUUAAUCGAGCUAAGAAACGAGGCCUACAUUUGGUUUCUUCCUUAUGGGUUGAUGCUUGCAAGGAAACAUUUCAGCGUGUUUCUGAAGCAUUGUAUCCUAGUACCUCUCUUGAAUCUUAUAACAACCCACUCUUCCUGUCAAAACUGAGGAAACAGAAAUCAAUGCAGCCUAGGGAUUUGAGUGAAGAGGAACGGAUUGCUGAAAUUAGAGUUAAGCGAAAAAGGAGAAUCUUGAAAUCUUCAGUUGGUUCUACACCAUUGGAGGAAAAUCUUGGGACUUGUACUCCAAAACAUCAGCAUGUAGAUACUGAGGAAGAUGUAAAUUCACCAUUAUUUGGGAUCAGUCAUCUCUUGACACCUAAACAGCGAAUGCCAAGGCAGUCUUGUGGCAGUGUUGAGACUACAUCGGCAGAAAGUGAUUUAGAUGCAAGUUUCACUACUCCUUUGUCAAAGAGACUUUAUAAGAGAUUUGUAACACGUCAGGGGAGAAAAAGUCUGUCGCAAGAAAGUUUGGAUAAUGAAAAUGAAAUCAAUUCAGGCAAUUAUGAUCAUAACAAAGAAUUAGUUGUAGGAUCAUCUAGGCUACCAGGCAUUGACAUGGAAGAGAACUCAACCACUGAUACUUCAAGUUCUGAUGCAAGGAGUGGGAAGCUGGUGGAAAAUAACUGUAGAAAAAAUAAUAGAAGUAUUUCUGGUGUGUUUGAAUUGCAUUUAUCUUCAGAUACAAAUUCUGAGCCUGGAACAGUGGAUAAUCCUGCACAUAUCUUAGACAGUGAUCAAGUACUGGAUCAAAUUCCAAGAUUAAGGAGGUCACAAAGACUGAGCUUAAAUAAUAAUGCUGUUGUGACAAAUCUCUGUCAUAGGAAUGACAAAGUAAAAAGUAAAAAUGGAAGUGAUGAGUCUUUCAACAUAAAGAUUGGUACUAAUCUUGGGAAGGAGCAUAAUAAAGUGAAUGGUGGAAGUAGUAUCCACUUGAGCAAUGCAUUGAAUUUACAGAGACACUCAGAAGUGUCAAAUCAUAAAAAUUUGAGGAAAGUGAAAUUGAAAGAAAAGCAAGAUUUAUUGACAGGAAAAAUUACGGUAAACACUUGGAAAGGAAAAUCAGACACUGGAGUUUGUAGCAUAGUGGAAUCCUUAGAUACCCAUGAAAACUUUGCUCAUGCACAGGAAAACAACAACUUCCUUACUGAUCAAGAAGGAAAUCUAUCUGAUGAAGAACCUUCCAGUAGCUGCAUAAGUUCAAAAAGUAAAGGGCGAAGGUUGUUUUCCCUAGAAUGUUUAGAGCCUUCUCAAGAACUUAUAAUUCCUAGUACACCAUUGCGUUCUCAAGAUUAUUCUGCGGGUCCCUAUUCUGAUUUGCGAGUGAAAAAAAGUAAUACACAACGGGCUGCUUUGAGAGAAUUAGUAGGCAGUAGCAAAAUUAUAUCUCGAGAAAAGAAAAAAACUGUUUCAAGAGCCCAGAGGUCUUUAAUGUCACCAAGUACAACAGCUUCUGACAGCUGUCCCUCUGAUGUGUUCCCAAGCUCAGAUGAAGAACCAACAGCUUUCAAAAUCUUUCCCCUCCCAAGAAUAAGAAAGUCCAUUGAAGAAUUUAAGAUUGCAAGUAAGCCCUCAGGGAGAAAGCAGCAAACUUCUCAAAGGAAUUCAAGUCUUUGUCUUACAAGUUUUCAUUCCAAGGAAAGGAAAUGUGUUGUCCAAAUCAUCAAGAAGCUGGGAAGGUUUACUAUAACUGAUGAAGUUGACAACAAUACAUCCCAUGUAAUAUGCGGAGAAGAAAGACGAACUCUCAAUGUCUUGUUUGGCAUUGCACGGGGUUUAUGGAUUCUUGAUAAAAUGUGGCUAUAUGAAUCAUUGGGCAUGGAGAAGUGGGCACCUGAAGAACCAUUUGAAGUUUUUACAUACUCUCCAGGUGCAAAGAUUUGUCGAGAGCAGCGUGAAGCACAAGGAGAGUCAUAUAGACAAACACUGUUUUCUGGUGUUGGAAGUGUCUACGUCCUAGAUGGUUGCAGUCCCCCAUCAGACCAGCUAAGAAAACUUCUGUCACUGUGCGGGUGCGACAUCGUCUCCAGUGUUCGGAAUGCUAACCUUGUGGUGUGUAAUCCUACAUUAUACUCUAGCAUAAGAAAUCGAUCUCAGGUUACAUAUGUUUCAGAAGUAUGGGUUUUGGAUUCUGUUCAGCACCAUAAAGUUCAAAAUCUAGAUAACUACAAGAUUGUUGAUACUGUUGAUACUAACACAGAGUCUCCGGGAACACAAGUUUAGUGUUAUAAGUGAAUUACUGUAUUAUUAUUCUUAUUGUUUUGAAUGACAAUAUUAAAAUCUGACCAGAA